CCACAGUAUCAACACACCAGUAGCACAACUCAUCAGCUGGGAUAUUAUCAUCUCAGACUUAAUGAAAUACUGGAUUUGCAUCAAUUGCGCAACAAGACCAGAUAUAAAGGAGGCUGGGAUCUGACUGGCACACAUCACACAGCAGGAUCACUGUCCAGGAACUGGUGAAGAGAGAAGAAGAAUUGUGAAAAGAUGAAGACUGUUAUUGUUGCUCUUCUGGUUUUGGUGGUUGUCAGUCAGAGUGAAGCUUUGAGAUGUUACUGUGGAGGGCUGACGCGGUGUUCAAGCUCUACACAGACGUGCUCUGGUAAUGCCAAUGCCUGCGCCAGUGUCGUCAUGACGUUAGGAUCUAAUGUGAAUCGCUUCCAGAGUUGCUACAACUACGACGACUGCAUGAGGCUGAAACAGCUUCCUCAGGCUGUGUAUGUCAAUUGCUGCAUGACUGAUCUGUGCAACAGAUAAUUUGAUAUCAUGCAACCAAAUCUUCACAGUCAACUAUGCUUUGCUCAUGUUUGCACUGUCACAGUAAAGACAAGUUAGUUACAAUUUCAGUCCACUGUUGGUUUUGUCUCAAAAACAACCCACACUACCAGUCAAAAGUUUGGACACACCUUCUCAUUGGAUGGUUUGUAUUUAAUUAUUUGAUACAUUAUAGAUUAAUACUGAAGACAUCAAAACUAGGAAAUAAUACAUAUGGAAUUAUGUUGUAAAUAAAAAAGUGUUAAUCUUCAGUAUUAAUCUGCAAUGUAGAAAAUAAUACAAAUAUAUAAAAGCCAUUGAAUGAGAAGAUGUGUCCAAACUUUUGACUGGUAGUGUACAUUUAAUAGCUGGUUUGAUUGUACUUAUCAUUGCUUGUUUUUACAAACAAGUGCAUCAUAAAGAAAACUUUUAUUAUGGACAACAAAACAAAGACAAGUUUUAGCAGAAGACACAUCAAGUGUUGAAACUUAGACUUGACAGAUAUAUUCACAUUGAAAGUCUUUUAUUUUAACCAAAUAAAUUGCUUUCCUUAUUCAAAAUACAAA